AUGUUACAUGCAUCAAUCUUAUUUAAUGAGCGUCAAGUAAAUUGUCUUCUACCACAAAAUCCAUCUGUGGAUGAAGUCUAUGAUACUAUUGCUCAUAAUUUACCAUCAGCCACUAAACAAGAAAAUAUUGUUCAGUUAUACGAUCCAGCGUUAGAAGAAUAUUUUGAUUUAAAUGAAGACAAUUUACAAUCUUGGAUGUCCAUGUCAUCAAAGUAUAAAGAAAAUAUGAAAUUGCAAAUUAUUCAAGGUGGUCUUAAGAAUAAGAAUAGCGAUAUAAAUGAUUUCAACACGGAAACAGAACUCCAAAAUGGUUAUACACAGAAGCUUCCAGAUGAUGCAAUGAUUGCUGUUUUUGAAAAACUUCGGAAAGAUAUUCAUAAUUUUGUCACGUUAGUGCAAAGUCUCAAUCGAACCGCUGAAUGUAUUUGUCAAGAAUUUGAUUCGGCUGUUGCCAAGUUCCGUUGUCAAUCUAAAGAAAAUUCACUUACAAUGGUUCAACAGUUUAACACUAGUACAACACGCUUGCCACCAUAUUCAACCAAACAUUGUCAGCCUCAAUCAUUUGCUUCAUCUCUUGAACCGAAACAGCAAUCAACACCGAACACGUAUGCUAAUAUAGCCGUAACUGCUGCCAGCUCAUCUAUUCCAAUCUCAUCAUCAACAACGAAGAUGAACAAUAGUGCUAAUAUUCUACAACAAAAAACUGAUAAUCAUUUCAAGCCAAUCAGUGUGCCACAGUCAACAACGCCAGCUACAAAUGUAGCGCGUGUACAUCCGCAACCAACAAUGACAAACAAUUAUAAUAAUAGCAAUAUCGUAACCAGUCCAAAUUCGCAAGAUACGUCAAAUCAAACACAACAAUUGUUAGCGUCAACAAUUCAAUCGCUAGAUGGACCAUCAGCUUUUAAUGUGAAAAAAAUGUCGGAACAGAAUGCAUCACAAAAGCAACAAACUGUUCAUUAUCCUUGUGAAGAUAUAAGGUUUAAAGACGUUUUAGCAUCUUCACCUAGUAGUGCACAACCGCAAUUUGUUCCAUCUCAUCAGCAACGAAAACAACAAUCGUCAACUGAAGAACAAAUUGAAAUGACAAAUAAUGCAACGAAUAAUGGUGUCCAUCAAGAUUCGGAUAUAUCAAAUCCAACAAUGCAGCAGUUACAAUUUCCCGAUGUUAAUAUUCUCCGACAAAUUUAUAAAACUGGAGAUGAUUUGCAAACAACAGUAUCGAUUGCUGUUAAUCCAUCGUAUUUUUAUAUGCAAAAUAUAAAAUAUCUUGACGAUUUCACACAGAUGGUCGAUAGUAUGAAUGAAUAUUAUUCAGAAAGUGAUCCACCACGUGUCAAAUAUUUUCCACCAGAAUUUGGCUUUUGUGCUGCUCGUUAUACAGUUGAUGAACGAUGGUAUCGUGCACGUGUGAAACGAUAUAUUAAUGAAACAACAAUUGAAGCAUUUUAUUUGGAUUAUGGUAACUAUGAAGACGUUAGUAUUGAUCAAGUUCGACCAUUAGAUCCAGUGUUUGCGACAUUGCCAGCGCAAGCUAUUUGCGCCUCGGCAGAAAUUCUUCCAUCUUCUGAUAAUGUUGCCUGGAGUCGUCAGGCAAUAUGUCAGUUUUCAUCCGAUACGCUGAACAAAACAUUUGAUGUGAGAAUUCUUCAAGAACCAAGUGAUAUUUGGCCGAUGCAUUUCUCUCAUUUAUUUUUUGGUGAAUACAUGGCCUGGUCUUGGUUUUUUCUGCAGGAUAUUGCUGAAAAUCUGAUUACAUCAAAAAUGGCAAUACAAUCUUCUGUCACAGAAAUUAUAUCGAUGCUUGCACCACGAUUAAACAGACAAGAUUACACUUUAUACAAUUUACCAGAUGAAAUAUUAAUUGCACAAAAACACCCGAAACGAUCGAACGAGGUUGUUGCCGCCGACAUACUUCAAUCACAACGAAAAACACAAGGUUCGGUCUCAAGAAAUGAAAAAACAGCAUCGACAUCUACGAUGAAUAUUAUAACGAAACCGUCUUCUCGUAUUACUAGUUUACCAUCAAUCACUUUAAAUUUGAAAGAUAAUCUUGGUUCAUGUCACGUGACAUCAGCAACAUCUCCCACUCAUUUUUUCAUUCAAUUAGAAGAACAAAAUAGUUUUCAGUAUUUAUAUGAACAGAUACAAGAUAUUUAUAUUGAACAAAUAUCAUGCGAUAAAGUUCAACGUUUAAAAAAUAUACAAAAAGAUUCGGUUGGCGUUGGAAAAAAUCCAAAGGAUCAACGUUAUUAUCGUGUGCAAGUGAUCAGUUUAGAUCGUGAAAAAAAGAAUGUACUAGCAUUAUGUAUUGAUUUUGGUGACUAUUGCUCAAUUUCUGCACAAUCACUCUAUGAAUUACUGCCAGAAUAUCGUCAGAUUCCACCACAAACAAUCAAAUGUCGUUUAUCGUCAGUUAAACCAAUUGAAGAAGAUUGGACAAGAGAAUCAAUAGUAACAUUUAAUAAAUUUUUUGGCGGUCAUUCACAUAAAAGUUUACGUUUUCGUGUAGCUAAAACGUGUCCAUCAACAAUCAAACUUGGAGAUCAGCCAUUACAAAUUACACUAUUCGAUUUAAGCACUAGCGGUAAACCAGUUUCCAUCAAUGAAAUACUUGUUCAAAAAAAAUUGGCGUUGCCAGAUGAAUGUUAUGAACAAGAAAUACGCGCUGCUUAUGAAGCUAUCACUGAUGUGGACGAUAUUAAACGACAGCGCAUUAUACAAUAUAUUGAACAGCAACGUCAGUUAAACGAAACAACAUAUUCUAAAGAACAAGAAGCUCAUCUACUUCAUACGGAAAAAGCGGAACAUUUUCAUCCGCCUCUACCAAUUUCUCAUUUUCAACAGAUACCACAACAACAAUCGUUAAAAUGUCCACCACUGUACUCACACCAAUUGAACGAAGAACAAACGCCUACAUCGGAUGGCAAUACAGGAGGUAGUGGAACAAAAGGAUUUUCAAUACAACAUCCACAAUCGUCAACAAAAACGACAACAUCUCAUCGAAUUUCUAGUGAUAGCGAACAAAUGGCAUCAGUAAAACAUCAAUCGACAGUUCUGUUACAGCCUUUUCUGCCUACGAUCGAGCCAGAAUUGAGUGUAUGGUAUGCUGUUGAGGUUACAUAUGUUAGAAGUCCGAGUGAUUUUUUUAUACGUUUUCCUUAUGGUACUGAUUAUUCACUUGGACGAGGUGCAGAACCGUUGCCAAUACCGGAUGAUUUAGAAAGUGAGCAAAAUGUUGAAUUGAAUAACUUACAGAGACAUAUGGCUGAAAAGUAUGAUUUACGAAGAAAUAUUGCAACACAAAUUAUGGUAUCUAAAGAUGAACUGGUGGCCAUCAAAUACCAAUCACGAUGGUAUCGUGGACGUGUUAUUGAAUUCAAAGAUUCUGUUAGUUUUGCAUUGGUUGAUUUCGUUGAUCAAGGCGAUCGUCGUGAAUUGGGCACCGGUUCAAUGCGUCGACUCGACUCGGAUUUUCAGCAUUUACCAUGUCAGGCAUAUAAUUGUCGUUUGUUUGGUGUCAAUGCCACAGAAGAUUGGAAUAUACAAGAUACUGAUUUAUUCAAAAAGAAAAUACGUGAUAAAAUAUUAUUUGCACGAAAAGUGGAAGAACCAAAUUUCGUACAACUCGUGGACAGAGUAGAUGGUAUAAUUACUUCAUUUGACACAUUUUGGAAUAAAUUACAUCAUACUAAUAGAAUGCAACAACAACAAAUUCCUCAACACGAUCAUGGACAAUCACAUCAACAUCAACGAAAAUCGUCAUCACAACAAUCAAAAACAGGAACUACUGUGUCUCAACAACCAACUGUACAUCAAUAUCAACUAAAUGAAGUCUCACAGCAUCCGCCACUACCUCCACCACCAUCACAGCAACGACAACAAUCGUAUAAUUCAACACAAAAACCAUCAUUUGUUCCGAUUAGUAGUGUGACAACAGCAGCUGCUGAUAUUGUCAACAAUUAUCUUCAAAAUCAUCCACAGUCAGACGAUCAGCUUCAGCGAUCUGUGGUAUCUAGCCGUCCUGUGAAAAACGAACGUUUCUCAAAUUUGGUUCAUACAGGUUAUGGUAGUAGUAACGGUAAUGGUAGUAAUGGAUCCGGUAAUAGUGGAGGAUCAUCGAAGAAAACGCAAUCAAAAGAACCAUUAAAAUUUGUGUCUGCCGGUUUUACACAUGUUCAACAGGAAACAGCUCAUUUGUCACCCAAUGCUCAAUUAGAACAAAUUCAACAACGAGCACAACAUCGAAUUCAGCCAACUAAUACAACGGUACCGAAAGAAAUUCGUCAUUAUCAACAACAACAAUACGAACAAGAGCAAAAUAAUGGUUCUGACACUGAUCCAUAA